GCGGCGGGCGGAAGGAACGCGGUGUCAGCGCAGUGCCACGGUGUCUGCUGAGCCGUAGCCUCAGGGGGUCUCCAGACUGCCACCCCGAGUACCCUCCCGCCGCCGCUUCUCUACCUGCUUUCGGCCGCCUCACUGGGCCUCCCGUCGCCCGUGCCCCCUUCCUCCAUCCCGGUCUCCCCCUCUCCGUCCCGCCCUGCGUCCCGCCGGCCUUCACUCUGGAGCGGCCCCGGCAGCCGCAGCAGGGGCGGCGGCGGCGGAUCGAAGAGCUCUCCAGGUCGUCCCGGGAGAAGCUGCUGCAGUCCCGGGACAAGAUGUUCUCCAAGUUCACGUCCAUCCUGCAACACGCCGUGGAGGCGCUUGCUCCUUCUCUUCCUUUACAAGAAGAUUUUGUUUAUCAUUGGAAGGCAAUUACCCAUUACUACAUAGAGACUUCAGAUGAUAAAGCUCCAGUGACAGAUACAAAUAUUCCAUCUCAUCUGGAACAAAUGUUAGUUAUCUUGGUACAAGAAGAAAAUGAACGUGAAUUUGGAGAGACUGGGCCUUGUAUGGAAUAUUUACUUCAUCACAAGAUCUUGGAAACAUUGUACACAUUAGGGAAAGCUGAUUGCCCACCAGGAAUGAAACAGCAAGUAUUGGCUUUCUAUACUAAACUUUUAGGAAAAAUUCGACAGCCACUACUUCCACAUAUUAAUGUACACAGACCAGUGCAGAAAUUAAUCAGACUUUGUGGUGAAGUCCUUGCAACUCCAACUGAAAAUGAAGAAAUUCAGUUUCUCUGUAUAGUUUGUGCAAAAUUGAAGCAAGAUCCCUACUUGGUCAAUUUUUUUCUUGAGAACAAGUUAAAAUCAUUGACUUCUAAAGAAGACUCAGAUUUAGUUACAGAGGAUACAUUAAAAGGGCAAGAUUCCUUGACAACAGAUACAAGGCAGGCCUGUGCACCUGAGGAACUCACUAGUACUAUUGGAAUGGAGCCAACAGAGAUAGAAAAUGAUCUUCCUCAUCAGCCAGAUGAUCUGUCCACAAGACUGGAUCAGCUAAAUGUCACUUCAUUGCCUGAGGCUUCUACUGCCCGUCCAUAUCAGGAUUACAAUUUAGUAAAUUCAUUGCUAAAUCUUACUAGAAGUCCAGAUGGUCGAAUAGCAGUGAAGGCAUGUGAGGGUCUGAUGUUGUUAGUAAGUUUGCCAGAACCUGCAGCUGCCAAAUGCCUUACCCAGAGUACUUGUUUAUGUGAACUACUGACAGACAGACUUGCUGCGCUCUAUAAGGCUUUACCUCAGUCAGUGGAUCCCUUGGAUAUUGAAACAGUGGAAGCAAUUAACUGGGGUUUAGAUUCAUAUAGUCACAAAGAAGAUGCAUCAGCUUUUCCAGGAAAACGGGCCUUAAUUUCCUUUCUCUCAUGGUUUGAUUACUGUGAUCAACUAAUUAAAGAAGCACAAAAGUCUGCUGCUGUUGCUCUGGCCAGAGCUGUUCGGGAAAGGUUUUUCAUUGGCGUUAUGGAACCUCAGUUAAUGCAAACUUCAGAGAUGGGUAUUCUGACAUCAACUGCUUUGCUUCAUCGCAUUGUUCGACAAGUAACUUCUGAUGUUUUACUUCAAGAAAUGGUUUCUUUUAUUCUUGGAGAGCAGAGGGAACCAGAGACACUUGCAGAGAUUAACAGACAUCCACUUCGGCACAGAUUAAUUGAACACUGUGAUCAUAUAUCUGAUGAGAUUAGCAUUAUGACUUUAAGGAUGUUUGAACAUCUAUUACAAAAACCCAAUGAGCACAUUCUUUAUAACUUGGUUCUGAGAAAUCUUGAAGAAAGAAACUACACAGAAUAUAAACCUUUAUGCCCAGAAGAUAAAGAUGUGGUGGAGAAUGGAUUAAUAGCAGGAGCAGUGGAUUUAGAAGAAGAUCCAUUAUUUACUGAUCUUUCACCAGAAAACACUUUGUCAAAUCAAGAGUGGCUUAGUUCUUCACCACCUACUACUCCAGAACACCCCAAAAAUGAUGGAAAAACUGAAGUCCAUAAAAUUGUAAAUAGUUUUCUCUGUCUAGUACCUGAUGAAGCAAAAUCAUCUUACCAGGUGGAGGGCACAGGUUAUGACACCUACCUCAGAGAUGCUCACAGGCAGUUCCGAGAUUAUUGUUCAAUCUGCUUAAGAUGGGAGUGGCCUGGAUCUCCAAAAGCAUUGGAUAAAUGCAAUUUAGAAGCAGCUUUUUUUGAGGGUCAUUUCUUGAAAGUUUUGUUUGACAGAAUGGGGAGGAUUCUUGAUCAGCCAUAUGAUGUAAAUUUACAAGUAACAUCAGUGUUAUCCAGACUUUCUCUUUUCCCUCAUCCUCAUAUACAUGAAUACCUUUUGGAUCCAUAUGUGAAUCUGGCUUCUGGCUGUAGAUCACUUUUUUCUGUUAUUGUCAGGGUUGUUGGUGACCUUAUGGUCCGAAUCCAGCGGAUUCCAGAUUUCACUCCCAAACUUUUGCUGGUCAGAAAACGACUACUUGGUUUGGAGCCUGAAGGCCCACUGAUUGAUCACAUGACAUUACUAGAGGGUGUGAUUGUAUUAGAAGAGUUCUGUAAGGAACUAGCAGCAAUUGCAUUUGUGAAGUAUCACACUUCAUCCACACCAUGAAGAACAUCUUUAUGGGUAGCGUCCAUAUCAACCAGG